AUGGCGGAACCCACUGAGAAAGAGAUUGUUUCGCACGAUGAAUCUGCGUCUUCGCGGUACGAUGCCUCUGGCACAAAUCGUGACAUCGAUCCGGAGAAACUCAACGAUCCCAAAAUGCAAAAAUUGGCCGGCGAAAUCACUUAUGAGGAUGAGACAGAUCCGGUGAACAGACAGCACAACCCGCUUGCUCAAAAGCUGCGGUCGCGUCACAUGCAGAUGAUUGCAAUUGGCGGCUCCAUCGGUGCGGGUUUAUUCGUCGGCUCGGGCAGUGCGUUGCACAAAGGCGGGCCUGGGAGUCUGCUACUUGGUUUUAUCAUCAUCGGCUUCAUGUUGCUCUGCACAAUGCAAGCGCUCGGUGAAUUGGCCAUACUGUAUCCCGUGAAUGGCGCUUUUUAUACCUACAUCGUCCGAUUCGUUGACCCGUCCCUCGGCUUCGCAGUGGGUUGGGACUACGCCAUUGGGUGGUUGACCGUCUUGCCCUUUGAACUUACCGCGGCGUCAAUCACGAUCGAGUAUUGGAGAGAUGAUAUCCAUGUUAGCGUUUGGAUCACCGUUUUCUUAGUAUUCCUGUGCCUGGUCCAGAUUUUCGGCGUCCUCGGUUACGGCGAGGUCGAGUUUGUGCUGGCGAUGAUCAAAAUCACCGCUUGCAUAGGCUUCAUCAUCUUUGGGAUUGUGGUUGACUGCGGCGGCGUUUCUUCCGAUCACCGUGGCUAUAUUGGUGCCCGCUAUUGGCACAAUCCUGGCGCUUUUCAGAAUGGCUUCAAAGGCUUUUGCACUGUGUUCGUCACAGCCGCUUUUGCCUUUGGUGGAACCGAGCUCGUUGGACUGGCGGCCGCAGAGGCUGCUGAUCCUCAUCGCUCCCUUCCCAAAGCGACUCGGCAGGUAUUUUGGCGGAUUGCGACAUUUUACGUGUUAUCCCUUUUCAUUGUCGGUCUCAUCGUGCCAUCUGACAGCAAAGACCUUCUGGGAGCCAGCGGUGCCAAUACGAAAGCCUCUCCAUUUGUCCUGGCCAUCAAGUAUGCCGGUGUCAAGGGCUUGCCAUCCGUGAUGAAUGCUGUCAUUACCAUCUCUGUCAUUAGUGUCGCCAAUAGCUGCACUUACGGCUCGUCGCGCACCAUGCAGGCCCUCGCAACGAGAGGAAUGGGUCCGAGAUUCUUGAUGUACGUCGACAGGCAGGGAAGACCACUCUGGUGUAUCGUGAUCCAACUGUUAUUCGGCUGUCUCGCGUACAUUGGUGAGGCAAAUGCUUCGGACACGAUCUUCACCUGGCUGCUUUCGCUAUCCGGGCUGAGCUUUUUCUUCCUGUGGAUGAGCAUCAAUCUCGCGCAUAUUCGGUUUCGACGCGGAUGGUAUGCCCACGGUUUCACCAAGCACCAACUUCCUUAUCAGGCCGCUUUUGGCGUCUGGGGAUCCUACAUUGGAUUCUUAUUGAACGUCCUGGCCAUCAUUGCAACAUUCUACACCUCUCUGUUCCCACUAGGAUCUAGCCCCGACGCUGAGGUGUUUUUCGAGAAUUUCCUCGCCGCGCCGAUCGUCAUCGCUUUGUACCUCGGAUGGAAACUCUACUCACGCGACUGGAAGCUCUUCGUUCGGGCGAGCGAGAUGGACGUCACAGCGGGGAUUCGGAGAGGCAGUCUCGAGAUUGCGGCAGAGAAAGGACGGAGCGGGUGGACCAAGGCACUCAGGGUGUUUAUUUGA